AUGAACAUGAAUAGAAAAAAAAGGCAGAGAAGUGAAAAUUGGCUGGAGGAAGAUAAGAUUACCUUGAAAGAUUUGGUGAGGGAGCGGGGACAUGCCAUCGAAAAUAAAAACACCGACACUAGCACCAAUGCAACGAAGGUGGCGGCGUGGAAUGACUUAAAAGAGAGUCACUCGAGACCGCGGCGGCUCGGCGCCCGUGCGCUUCAUAGCAGUCCCAAGGCCCGCCCUAAGCUGGCUCACGCCCCGAAAGACCGGCCCGCCGUGCAUCUGCGAGCUAAAAGCGUCUGCCUCGCGGACAGGCCCCGCUCUCAGUAUGUACGCUCCGUACACAGCGCGGACGCUAAUCGGUCCCGGUACCCGGAGAAACAGUCCGUCCGCACUCGCCCGCCCCGCGCUGGCGCCAAACGCGCGCCCAAACCCUGCGAAAUCGUCGUCAGACAGCAAAAGAGAAACGUAAUCGACAAGGUCCCGUUGAAACUCUCCAUUCAGAACAUCUCAAUACCGACCCGCUACGACCGCCGUUCAACCUCCAAACACCCGCAAAGCACCAGCACCGUAGAUAAUAAACCCAAAAUUUCUGAUUCCAAACAGGUAGGCGAGAGCAGGAGGCUGUGCCAGACGGUCGACGUCUCGAAAGGGACGGAGAACAGGCUGCUGUUGCAGAUAAGCGAAGCCGAACAAGUGGCCGACUUUGAAAGGAUUCUAAACGCUAAUGCGGCGCUGUGGGAACGAGACCAGGGCCACGUGUGGCGGGGCAGCGUAGCCGCACACACGCCGUCCGCAUCGCUGCUGCCGCGACCCCGUUCCACCUACUCGCUGCAGGCGGCCAGUCAGGCGUACCACCAGCUGUUUCAGCAGCACGAGCAAGCGGUGCAGCCGCUUGUCGAGCGAUACCGACGUCAGCCAGUCGACGAGCCAGCCUGCCCCACGCCCAGCUUUUUAGGGGACAACUGGUAUGAGAACCUCCACGACCUCUCCCAGUUCUACGAGGACGAUCAGGAUCUGCAAAAGGAAAUCGAGACUAUCACCGACCGUCUAAUCGCCGACGAGGUCCACGUGUCUGAAUCGAGCCACAAACGAAACAGGAACUUCAAAGUUAACUUGACCGAUCUGAUCGGGCUGCACGUGAACGGCGAGGGAUUGUCGCCUCCGUGCCGCGACGAACGGGCCCCGUCGCCGGAGCCAGAGGCCCUUACAGCCCAGGGGAAGGAAUGGCUCUCUCCGAGCAUGUCCACCCCCGACCAACGGCCAACUAACGACCCUGAUAUCAACGUCGACAGGCUGAUAAACAACCUGGACGCGGUGCGCAUAGACUGCGAUGCGAACGUCCCCAGGAUAACGUUCAGCAACUGUUGCGACGGCUGGCCGAAGGGCGACACGCCGGGGAACUCGGACGUAGCUGUCCACCUGUCCGUGCCGUCCGUUGACAGCACCGAUGAGUCCCGCCCGCCUUUG